GAAUUUCGCAAAGAAAAUCAGUUGCAGAGCGGUUUGAACGAUCAGAACAUACACAAGCUACUCGGCAUGUGGCAGAAAGCCGACACUUCCUUGGCUGCCGUUUUCGAGUACCCACAAUUCGGCGACCUCUUCGAGUUCAUGGAAGGUCAACAUUCAAAGCAAUUACCCGAGAAACAGAUGCUAAGCUACGGAUGCCUGCUCUACAUCGCCAGUCAAAUAUCGUCGGGGAUGAAGUACUUGGAAUCUCUCGGCAUCAUCCACAGAGAUCUUUCGGCUAGAAACUGUCUGCUGGGCCACCAAUUCAGUCUAAAGAUAUCAAACCUGGCAAUGUGCAAGUCUGCUUACAGGAGCAACUAUCUCCCCUGCGGAUCAAACAUGUCACUGCUGCCAGUUAGAUGGAUGAGUUGGGAAGCUCUUACUCAAGGAAACUUCUCUCCGAAGAGCGACGUAUGGAGUUUCGGCGUUACACUGUGGGAGAUAUUGGUGCACUGCACCGAGAAACCACACGGCUCCCUGAACAACAACCAAGUAACGAACUUGAUGUACACCGUGGACAACCCCGCCACGGCCGCCCAGCUCAUCUUGCCAAAACCGAACAUCUGCUCUAAAGAGAUCUAUGACUUGAUGAAAACUUGCUGGAACAUCAACGCCGAACACAGGCCAUCCUUCCAAGAGAUACACAUGUUUUUGUUACAGAAGAUAUCCGGAUAUUCUCCAGACGAUGAAUGGUUUCACGUGCUGGCUAACUCUACUUGCACCAUAUCAACUUUUUGA